UAUUGUAUGAGCAAUUUCAUAAUAAAAGAUUUAAAAUGUUCAAAACAUUGGUGAAACAUAAUAUAAUCAAUUAUAAUGGGCAAUACGUUUGUUAUUUAUGCAUGUGUAUAAAAGCUAGCCUUGAAGAUAUUUUAUAUCAUAUUAAUAGAGAAGAACAUAUGAUAGCAAGGUGUGAUCAGAUAUUUAAAAUGUUCAAGCAUUAUAACAUUACAGAAACGUAUCAAGAAAUCACAAAUAAGAGUAAAACUGCAUAUGUAAUUGCAGAGUAUAGUUUCAUAUGCAUACCUUGUCGAAAAAGUUUUAAAGAUUUACGUGGUGUUUUGCAACAUAUUGAAUGUGCAAAUCAUAUCCGAAGGUGGCGGAAAAAUAUUAUAAAUUUUGAUGAAAUAAAUUCAAUAAUAAUGCACCCAAACAAUAAAUUUAAACAUAAAUUAGAAAUACAUGAAACAAAUGUGUUUGACAUAAAAUUAUUGUUGCAAAAUUUAAUUGCAUACCAAGAAUAUGAUUCAUAUAUUAAUGAGUAUGACAGAUAUCUAUGUAUGUCUUUCAAUAUAACUUUUAAAGCUUAUUAUAAUUUUAAAAAGCUUUAUAAUUGUUAUGAAAUCCUUGUAAAUAAUAAAAUAAUUUUAUCUGAACAUUAUACGUUUAACCAUGUUACUUUUGAUAAAGGAACAUAUACAUGUGACUUAUGUAUGUGUUCUUUGCGUUCGUUUGAUCAUAUUUUACCACAUAUUAGAAAAAAAUCACAUAAAGCAUUAGAAGAUCAAAAUAUGAAAAAAUAUAAUUAUAAAAUGAAUAAAAUAGAAAAGGAAUUAGAUUGUGAUCAAAUACAACAUGAAGUUUCAGAUACAACAAAAUGCAAAAUUUCUACUUCUUCAGUUCUAUGCAAUAAAGAUUGCUUAGAACUGAUAAAACAAAAACUAAUAGACAAUAGAAUUAAAUGUUUUGGAAUUAUAUUUUUAUGUACAGUAUGUAACUGUUAUAUUGUUUCAUUACACAAUAUUUUGAAACAUACCGAAGGAAAAUCUCACAAGCACAAUUUUGCUCAAAAUGCAAAUUUAGAUACUUAUGAAAGUGGUACAAAUACAAAUAAUACAACAGAUAUAAGUGAAAACCAUAGCUCAAUUAAUGAUAUUUAUAAUGUAGAUUAUAACACAAGUAAAGUAUUAAAGAAUACUAUAUCUCUGAGAGAUGAUUCAAAUGAAAAUAAGAUAUUUACAGAUAUAUAUGAAAGUAACCGGUUUACUAUUAAUAAUAUUCAUACAGUAAAACUGAAUAAACUAUCUAGUGAUAAUCAAUGUGAUUUUGCUAUAAUCGAAGAUGUAUGUGUACAAAUUAUAAACAUUCUGAGUGACAAACAAAUAUCAAAAAUACACAAACCAAAAAAAAAAUCUCUAAAUAUAUUAGAACGUCUAAAUGAACUGUAUACUGAAAAAUAUUUGAAAAUAGAAAAAAAAAUGUACACUGUUCAAGAAAAAUUGAACAAUAUUAAAAUAAAUUUAAGAUUAAUUAUGCCAUAUGAUAGUACACACUUCUAUUGUAUAGCCUGCAAUCAAAAGGUUCCAGAAGAAUUAUAUUUUGUAUAUGAACAUAUAUGCCUACAACAACAUAAAAUGCAAAUUAAUCAAAUUAAAAAGGAUAUAAACUGUGAUAAAUUGUCAAGUCAGUAUAUGAAGGAAAUAUCAAAAUAUGAAGUGAAAUGUUAUCCUUGUGGAAAUUUUGUCAAAAAUGAUAUGUCUUACUUUACAUCACAUAUUAAAGAAAAAUGUCACAGAGAAAAACAUGAAAAACUCACCAAAGUUAUAGAUGCCAUUUUUGAUUCUAUAUCACAAGAUGUUAAUAAUUUGUGGUAUAGUAUUCAGAGAUUUUGUUGUGCUUUAUGUUCAGAACGAUUUGAUCACAAAAUUGAAUUUGUAAAACAUAUUGACAAACAACACAGUCCACUUUUAGAAGAUCAAAUAUUUGAUUUUUGUAUUCCAUGUACUGUGUUAUGGUUGGGAAAUGAAGACUGUUAUACAAAGCAUUGUAAUGACAAGUUACAUAAAUAUUUAUUAAAAAGUAAAGAUUUUAUGAUUGAGGACUUUCCUGAUAGUAUAAAAGAAAUUUUAAUACAAGCUGAUGAAGUUUCUAAUGUAUUAUUCCAACAAUCAGAUUUAUUAGACAGUGUACCACAGGAAAUAAAACAAUCCUUAGAAUAUAGUUUAAAAUCUGUUUAUCCAACUAUUAAAGUAUUUGUAUUUGGCUCAAGAGUUACUGGACUUGCACUUGUAGAUAGUGAUAUAGAUAUAUAUCUUGACUGUAAUAACACAUAUAAUCAAGAAGUUGGGGAUGACAAAUUAGCAGAAUCUUAUCUUAGAACUAUUAAAGAAAGAUUACCUAAAAAUGAGUGGGAAAUAAGGGAGAUAGUGGAAAAAACGAGAAUUCCUAUAAUGAAAUUAACAUAUAAACGAAAUGGUUUACACUGUGACAUUUCUGUUACAAAUGGUCUUUCUGUUGAGAAUUCUAAACUAAUAAGAUCUUUCAAUGAUGCAUAUUUACCCUGUAGAAAACUAAUAUUAUUUGUAAAAAAAUGGUUAUCUAAUUUUAAUUUACCUGGAAGACAUGGUUUAAUAAAUUAUGCCCUUAGUUGUCUUGUUAUAUUCUACUUACAAACAGAAUCUUAUUUACCAAGUGUUGCCGAAUUAAUAAAAGAGAAAAAUAAUUCUAAACUUAUAUCUGGGUGGGAAACUGGUGUUGCGCAACCAAAAGAUAAUAAUAAAUCUGAGCAACCUAUUUCUACAUUAUUACUGGGUUUUUUUAAAUUUUAUGCAAAUUUUGAUUAUCGACAUUACAUUAUUUGUCCACUUAUGGGCAAACUUGUAGCUAAAAAAGAUUUUACGGACAUAAAAAUGUUACCAGAAGAAAUGAAGCCUUACAUCAACUAUCUACAAACCUCGGAAAAACCACAAUAUUUUCGAAUUGAUUCUCCAUUGUGUGUGCAAGAUCCGUUUGAUUUGUCUCAUAAUUUAACAAAAGCUGUGACAAAUAUUACCUUAAAGUACUUCAAACAAUAUUGUCAAGAUAGUUCAUCUUUCUUACUUUCUUUGAUAAAAUAAUUCGACAUCGUGUACUAUAAUUUUAUGAUUAACAUAAUUAAACUACCUCUAUCAACGAAUUAAACGAAAAUUCAGCGAAACAGUAUUAAAAAAGUUUGACACAAGAAGUUAAUAUAGUAUUAUAUAAGAUAUUUUUUUUACAUAUAAUAACUUUUCCAUAAUUGAUAUGUUAUAUAUGACUGUACAUGAUGACUAUACAUUUUAUUUUAAUAUUUCUUUUAAAAUGCUAUAAUUGCUAACAAUCUUUCAAGAAAUUUGAUACUUUGAUAUAUUAUUUCAUUAUAUCGUCUUGUAUUAGCAAUUAUCUUUUUUAUAUUCAUUGUAUGUUCAAUAUAUAUAUAUGAACAUU